GGCAGUAGCGCGCCACACGCGUCUCCUCCGCCACACAAUAAAGUGAAGCGACUCCAACAGAGAAGACGAGCAGCAUUAGCCAGUCAAUGUACGACUAGUCAUCCGCCCCGUGUCCCUUCAAACAGCUGUCCACUGCCGCGUCUUUACGGGACUGCCUCUUAUCACGUCGGAUGAUAGCUUUUAAGCGCGCAAGCGGCAGCAGACGGUAGAAAAUCAAACGCACCCGUAGCUUUGUUGACGUCACGUGUCGUUGGCUUCUUUCCGCGGGUUUUGAUGGCUGACUCUCUUACCUGAGGAGCACUCCUACAGGUACUUUUAUCUGUCAAACGGAGGAUCUUCUAACCACAGCUGCAGAUAUCAUCAAGCCUGUUGACUGAUGGCACCAAAGACGAGGGCCAGAGUGAGUAAAAGAUCUGCCAGUUCAGGCAAAGACGAUGGCGGUGAAACGGCUGGAGGGAAGAGGAAAGCUGCGGCUCCAGUCGAGUCUGCAAAAAACCCGGAGAGCUCGGCUGGUGCACAGUGCUGCCACUGGCUGAUGAAGUCUGAGCCAGAGAGCCGCUUCGAGAACGGCAUCGACGUCAAGUUUGGGAUCGAGGACCUGAAGGCCUUGCCUGAUCAAACUGGCUGCUGGGACGGUGUCCGCAAUUAUCAGGCACGCAACUUUAUGAGACAGAUGAAAGACGGGCAGCUGGCUUUCCUUUACCACAGCAACUGCAAGGAACCAGGGAUCGCUGGAAUCAUGAAAAUUGUGAAGGAAGCCUAUGUGGACCACACUCAGUUUGACAAGAAAGAUGUCCAUUUCGAUGCAAACAGUAAACCGGAAAACCCCAAAUGGAGCAUGGUGGAUGUCCAGUAUCAAAGGAUGCUGAAGCGCUUUCUUCCUCUGUCUGAGCUGAAAAAGUACCACCAGCAGCAUGGCUCCAAAGGAGGGCCCCUGAAGGACAUGGCACUGUUUACAAGGGCCCGGCUCUCGGUGCAGCCCCUGACCCCUGAAGAGUUUGAUUUUGUCCAGAGUUUGGAAGAGAAAGAGCCUUUGUGAGGAUCUGGACCAGAGGACCCUUGUUCUCGGCACUGUUUUUGUGGUUUUGUUAAUAUUACAACUUCUUUUGUCAAAUAAAAAAAUGUACCUUUUUA